AUGACGUCAUCUGGUCCUUUUCUUGUCUCCGACAUCACAAUUGAAAGUCCCCAGUUCCGCAAGAAACUACCGUCGCUGCAACUGUCGUGCAGUUCUUCUCCUGGAUCCGUGCGGUCUGCCUGUUCCACCAAUGAAAACGACGAAACAACUUCGAUUUACUCCGAGGAGAGCAGCGGGUUUCGACAGGGCUCCGAUUCAGGGACGGUAAUAAGUUGCCCUCUGGAAGUGCCCCAGUCAUCACCAAGCAUGCUUGACGAGGAAUUUUCAAACCCAACGGACGCAGACGAAUGCGCCAGAUUAGUGAAACCGCCACAGUGGGGAACGCAGUAUGUUUCAACGGGCUCGCGUUUAGACCAUGUCAUGGAUCGCAUUUUUGUUCAAGUCUCUCCCGAAGGCGACAUAAAGAUAAAUCAUUUGGCCUGUCUUGCGCACAUUCGAACAGUGAUUCGAAAAAUUGUCAAUGAGGCCAAAGUUCUCGUUUUCAACUGUCAAGAACCUGAUCCGAACGUGGCCCAACUCUUCGACCAGGCAAGUCAUCAACGGGCGCUUGUCGUAGAGCGGAAUAUUGAUCCGUCUUUUCCCAAAUCCAAGGUUAUUGAUUGCUGCUUCGACCUGCGCGCGACGCCCGACCUUGAGUCGUUCGUGCGGUUCUGUGAGGUGUGUUAUGAUUGGUUGGCACAGAGCAACUCCAACGUAGUCCUUUUCCACGCCGAGAGUUCGACAGCCAAUCACCGGCUCCUUUUACUCCUCUACGCCUACGCGUCCUUCUGUGAUUCUGUGGAAAGGCAGAAUAUCAGAACGAACCAACGACUGAAGGCCUAUCUCUCGGCUUAUCCUAACGGAAAUAUCAGGGUUCCAAUUGUGUACCUGCGGUACGCGAGCUACAUGACAAUUUUUACGCCAUUCCGACGUCAAAGCAUUUCCCGCGCAACAAUGUCCAUCCACGCUCUCACCGUGGCCAACUGUCCGCUCUUUUUCGACCACCGCGUGAGCGUCUUCUUCAAGUUCUACUCCUAUGCCCCUCUGCGCCACGUCUACACCUCCAAUGUACAUGAAAUCCACGGUCGAACGCACAAUCGAGCCAUCAUCCAGUUCUCCGAGGCAGCCAUCUCGCUGCGGGGUCCCGUAAUUAUCAUCUGUUAUCGCUGGAACCCGCGGCAGGUUGAGAGAAAGCGCAUUUUCAAGUUAACAUUCCAUUCAUGUGAGGCGCAUCGCGAAUGCCUGACAUUCGACUACGACACAUUUGACGAGAUUUCAGAAGCUGUUCCCGCGACCUUCAAACUGAGUCUACAUUUGACACCCUUAAUGGAAAUCGAUAGUGGACACGAAAACAUCUUCCUCGAAGACACCAACACAACACGCAUACGCGACGCCCAAAUCCCAUUGGUUAAUUGUAUCGAUCCGCUGAACGUCAUCCAAUCGCGUAGCGUCUCGCUGCAAGCAGUGCGUCUUGCCGACUCACUGGAAGAUCUAGAUUACGUGCCUAAUCGAUCGAACCUGCUAGUAGAAAGGCAUGACGCGGAGGAAUGUCGCGAUUUGCAGAGGCAGCGGGCUCAAACAUUUAAUGAGUUUUUCCUCAAGAAAUACGGCCUGUCUGAGCGCAAAAAGUGGAACUUUCAUGUCGCCAGUGCAUUUCCUCAGCGAAGCGUGGAAGCACCUCGUCGACCUCCGCCACCGACAUUCCUUUCUUCAGUCGAAACUUUGUCUGCGGUGACGAUUACCUCGGACAAGAGUAGCUUCGACUCCGGCACCAGUCUCCACUCUGAUUCAUCAGAGGGAUCUGAAAGCAGCAGAAAGCGAUGGAAGAUGUCGGGAUUGAAGAAAAUCAAACGAAAACUUAAAGGAGCGGUUGAGAUGGCUCGCUCGUCGAAAUCGUGGAAAUCUCUCAACGAUGAGGCGUCGAUGCCUCCGCCACCAAGUGCGGUUGUUCCCCGAGCCAAAACAGCACCGAAAUCGGUCGCAUUUCAUCAGGCCACGCCUAAGAAGGAACCUCCCCCUCGACCACCACCACCAUCAUCAUCAGCAGCAGCAAACUCCAUGGACUCGGAAGAGGGGGUCCGUGUGUUGAAGGCUCCUGCUGGGCAACGUGGCGUGCCCACCAGCUACUUCGGUCCGUUGGAGAAGUAUCGACGCACUGCUGAGAGCGAGUCGACGGCGGGUAAGUGA